GAGAGAGGGAGAGAGAGAGGGAGAGAGAGAGAGAGAGAGAGAGAGAUAGAGAGCGGUGUCUUCCCAGUAUCAUGUGUCCUGUUCCUGUGAGUAGGGCCUGAGGUCCUGUGGGGACCCGAGGGGAGAUCUGGUGUAGUUCCACUCCGGACCACUAGUGGCCUCCAGCUGCCAUGUGCAGCAUGCGUCAGUGUAGCCGCAGAGCCAAGCUGCUCCUCCUGCUGCUGCUCAGCCUGGCUCUGUUGCUAUGGGUACUCACCUACACAGACAACGCCACCGCCAAGAUGCUACAGGAGGGUUCCUUGCGGUUCUGGUCGGAUGAUGACCUCCAGAACAUCCAGUCUCUUCUGGAACAGAACACACACACACACUCCGAUUCAGAGCCCCUCCCCUCUCCUGCCCCCUCCCCCAAGAAGCAGCCCCCGCCACCCCAACUCAGCCCCUGCCCAGAGAAGUCACCACUACUGUUGGGCGCUGUGGCGCUGGCGUUCCCGUCUCUCUCCCUGUCUGACGUGGAGGAGGAGAAUCGUGAUCAGCUGUCUCCCGGCGGCCAAUCACAGCCCAGCGAGUGCCUGGCGCGCCAGACCGUAGCCGUCUUGAUCCCGCACCGCAACCGGGAGAAACACCUUCUGCACUUAUUACACCACCUCCACCCCUUCCUACAGAGACAACAACUACACUACGCCAUCUACAUCAUACACCAGGCGGGCAAGGCUAAGUUUAACCGUGCCAAGCUCCUGAACGUGGGCUACCUGGAGGCCCUAAAGGAUCGCCAGUGGGACUGUUUCAUCUUCCACGACGUGGACCUGGUGCCAGAGAACGACAAGAACCUCUACACCUGCGACCCCCAGCACCCACGCCACCUAGUGGUCGCACGCAACUCUACAGGCUACAGGUUACGUUACCAGGGUUACUUCGGGGGUGUGACGGCGAUGACCAGAGAGCAGUUCUCACGAAUCAACGGCUUCUCCAACGCCUACUGGGGCUGGGGAGGAGAGGACGACGACCUCAGGAUACGGGUGGAGAUUCAGAAGAUGAAGAUCGUGCGUCCACCAGCUGAUGUAGCGCGAUACACCAUGGUCUUCCACAAGAGGGACCAAGGCAACGAGGUCAACAAGGACAGGAUGAACCUGCUGAAUCGCGUGGGCCAGAAGUGGCGUAAUGACGGCCUCAACUCCUGCUCGUACACCACCCUGUCGACCCAGAGGGAACCGCUCUACACCAACAUCACCGCGGAGAUAGGACACCCUUAACCCCUACACACCAACAUCACCGCGGAGAUAGGACACCCUUAACCCCUACACACCAACAUCACCACCGAGAUAGGACACCCUUAGACUGAGAGAGAGAGAGAGAGAGAGAG